GCCGUGGCACCGCUCAGAAGCGACGCUCCGCCCACCCCGACGCGGUCGCUAUGGUAACCGGUCACCGCUUCUAUGGAGUGGCGUUUACUACCAGUAAGUUCCCGAACUGUGAAGAAAGGCGCCUUUGGCUUCGCUCUGAGUCUCUCUUGUCCGGGCCCCGCGACUGUCGCUUCUCUCCUCCUCCUCAGCGAGCAACCCCUCGCCAUCCCAGGCUUUCCCCGCCUUCUUCAAAACUUCCUCCGUUUACCGUACCCUGAGCUCUCAAUCUUUCCGGUUGGUGCUUGAACUCUGGGGUGAGAGAGGGUGCAGGGGCAAGGAUGUGAGAAGGAUGAGGAGACCUGAUGCCACCCUCGUCCCUACAGUUCCUUUACAAUGUUCUCAUUCGAAAAUUAAAAGAACUAAAACCUAUGCCAGGCAUCCACUGGGGGUCUUGGAUCAUACCCCUUGCAGAUAAGCAGAGGAAGAAAUACUGUACUUGACUCUUGGCCAAAGUCUCCACAUCUUUCUUUAGAGGAGUUGGUUUGGAAAACUUACAUAUUUUUCCUAUGACAGAGAACAGCUAUCCAUACCUCGAUUGCAAAUAAGAAAAUCCCAGAUUCCAUUCCAAGAUGACCAAAUAGGAACAGCUCCAGCCUGCAGCUCCCAGCAUGAUUGAUGCAGAAGAUGGGUGAUUUCUGCAUUUCAACUAAGCUGAAAAUGGCAAAAAUAGGAGCAGAAGAUCACAGAGAAGCACUAUCUCAGUCUUCCUUAUCCCUCUUGACUGAAACAAUGGAAGUAUUGCAGCAAAGUAGCCCUGAAGGCACUUUGGAUGGGAAUACUGUAAACCCAAUUUACAAAUAUAUUUUGAAUGAUUUACCAAGAGAGUUUAUGUCAUCCCAGGCAAAAGCAGUUAUUAAAACUACUGAUGAUUAUUUGCAGUCUCAGUUUGGCCCCAACAGACUUGUGCAUUCAGCAGCAGUAUCAGAAGGGUCAGGACUUCAAGAUUGCUCCACACAUCAAACAGCAUCAGAUCACAGCCAUGAUGAAAUAUCAAACCUAGAUAGCUACACAUCAAACAGUAAAAACAAUUCUUGUUUUAUAUCAGCAUCCAAGAGAAACAGACCUGUCAGUGCUCCAGUGGGUCAACUGAGGGUUGCAGGGUUCUCUUCUUUAAAAUUUCAGUCAGCCUGGAAUUGGCAGAAAUUGUCUCAAAGACACAAACUUCAACCAAGAGUGAUUAAAGUAACAGCUUACAAAAAUGGAUCUAGAACAGUCUUUGCCAGAGUUACUGUACCAACCAUCACCUUGCUGCUGGAAGAGUGCACAGAAAAGCUGAAUCUGAACAUGGCCGCAAGACGAGUGUUCUUGGCAGACGGCAAGGAAGCCCUCGAACCUGAAGAUAUACCCCAUGAAGCCGAUGUUUAUGUUUCAACGGGAGAGCCCUUUUUAAAUCCAUUCAAAAAAAUUAAAGACCAUCUGUUGUUAAUGAAGAAAGUAACUUGGACAAUGAAUGGGUUGAUGCUUCCUACUGAUGUCAAAAGACGGAAAACCAAGCCUGUUCUUUCUAUUAGAAUGAAGAAACUUACUGAGAGGACCUCAGUCCGAAUUCUGUUCUUUAAGAAUGGCAUGGGGCAGGAUGGGCAUGAGAUUACAGUGGGAAAAGAAACAAUGAAAAAGGUUUUAGAUACUUGCACAAUAAGAAUGAAUCUAAAUUUACCAGCCAGAUAUUUUUAUGAUUUGUAUGGCAGAAAAAUUGAAGAUAUUUCAAAAGUUCCUCUGCUUGAAAAAUGCCUGCAAAAUUCCAUCACACCUUUGCGAGGACCACUUUGGGUCUCUAAGGGAGAAGGUUUCAGCCCCUCAGGAGCUAAGAUGUACAUCCAAGGAGUUCUUUUGGCCCUGUACCAACGAUUAAAGUCUGCAAAAAAAUACUAUAAACAGUUGAACCUGGUCAUGAAUGAACAGAAGGAGAAAAUUACAGAAAAAGUCAUUCUUUCAAUGACAGCAAAAGAACACCAUAAGGAACAAGAAGAAGUGAGCAGGCUGAUUGAUGAAUUGAAGACAGCUAUCAAAAGCAACAGAGGUCAUCUCUGUAAACUUGGCCCCCAAUUACAGGCUGAGCAGGAGCAAUUCUCCUCUUAUGUCUACCAACACAUUAAAAGCCUUCCAGCAAACAUGCUUGUCCCAGGAGGCCUGCAGCUCAAGGUAUUUGAAAAUGGUAAAAACACUGGAGAGAUCUCUGUUGGUAUCAGUAAAAAAGAUUUGGGAUCUGAUAGCCCAAUUCAAACUGACCAUAUGAUGGAAAGAUUACUUCUCAAGAUUCAUCAAAGGCUUCAAGGUUCUUCCAUCAACCCACCAGGCCUCAAUUUUUCUUCAAUGCGGCUUUUUGAUGAGAAUGGCCAAGAAAUUAAGAAUCCACUUUCGCUGAAGAAUGAGCAAAAAAUUUGGGUCUCUUAUGGUAGAGCAUACAGAUCUCCACUAAAUCUUGCUUUGGGUUUGACCUUUGACCGAGUGAGUGCAUUUGCCAGAGGUGACAUCAUGGUUGCAUAUAAGACCUUUUUGGAUCCUAAUGCUGUUCUGCUACCUGGAUGUGGCAAUUGGGAAGUUUGUGAGGGAUUUCCAAUUAAUUUCAACUGUACCAGUCAACAGAUACCUGACCAGUUUGAAAAGGUGGACUUGGAGAACCAUUUUCUACAGAACAAGGUAGAUCCCAAUAUUGUCCUUCAUGCCUCUGUUUCCGUUGGAAAGUGGAGUUUCUCAGGCAGUGAAGCAAGCAGCAGGAGUCAAACAGCACCAUCGAUCCUGUGGCCUGUAGCCAGUGUGUGGCUGAUCACCAAGACUGGAAUGAUCCUGAGCCGAGCGAUAACUCAGGGCUGCCUGGCUAUUGGUCAUCCUAUCAGAGUCAAGGCUGCUGAGGGAACAUCACUAGAAGGAUAUAAAUUAAUCCUACAGAAAAGACAUAUUGGAGACGAAUCUCAGAAGUGGGUGUUUGGAACUGAUGGUUGCAUUUAUUCAAAGGCUUAUCCUCAGUUUGUUCUGACCUACCUAGAGGAGCUAAAUUCACAAGUAGAUGUGACCCAGACAGAGUAUCACAUUCACCAUGGUGCCUGGACCACAGCUCAUCAGGAACAUGGCAGAAACUUAGCAGAAGAGGUUCUACAAGAAAGUGCCAGCAACCCUGGUCUGAAGCAACUGCCAGAACCCUCAGACACCCAUUUAAUGCCAGAAGGUUCUCUUGAGGAGACAGGGCAACUGACAGUAGCACUGGUGAGGAAACUGGAAGAGAAACAUCCUAAGGCUUCUGCUCAGAGGUGGGCCAUAAAACAUGAAGGAACCAGUAAGCCAGGCCAGUGGAAACAUUCUAGAGUUGAAAAUCCUCUAUGGAACAAGCUUACCUACAUGUGGCCUGUCCUUCCCAGCGGCCAACUUAAUGAGGAGUUUGAUUGGCCAAUACAAGGACUGCUUGUUCCAAGCAGUCCUCCCAUGAAGAAACCCAUCUGUAAGACAACAGAGCCAUAUGCCCCUGUGCGACUCAGAGUUUUGCGGAAUGGAGACAAUAAUAAAAACAGAUCCGUUACUAUCCUUGGUCCAGAUAUCUCACCUGGACGGAAAACGCAAAGUGUUCACACUGAAAAGAAAGAGAAAAUCUGUGUCACUAAAUAUUCUGAAACAGAAAUGGAUCACAUAGAAUUUCAUCAGUUUUUGGAAAGGUGCACUGAGAUUUUAAAUUUACCUUCUGCAGCUCGGAGAUUGUACAGUGAAAAGGGGAAGGAAAUAUUUGCCUUAAAAGACCUGCAAAGAGAUGAACUGGUGUAUGUUUCAUGUGGAGAACACUGGAUCAAUCCUGACCUGUCCGUUGCUCAGCAAAAGAAACAAAUAUUCCUGAGGAACCUAGAAUCAGACAUUGCCAAAAUUCAAAUCUUCUGCUGCACACACAAAGUAGAAGCUCUUGUUUUAGAAGUCCAAAGUGACAUUGUAUCUGGAAGCAAGCUUGCUGUGCAUAAACCUGUAGCAAUUUUUGGAGAAGAGAAGCAAGUUACAGAGCCAGAAGAAAAGCAAAUGCAAGAAGAUGCUCUAACAAUGGAAAAUGCUUCCGGUGAAAUUCUAGAUUCACACGCAAGAGCUCAUCUUCGAAUGAAGGCUUGUCACACACUUCUCAGGUAUGCCUGGCAGGAAACUUCACAUGACUUUGAUGAGGAUGACAGUCUUCCAAAGAAAAUGGAAAAAGGGCUCUUUGAAAACGUGGAACCACAGAAGAAACACAGCUGUUCACCAAAGCAUAGUAAAUUGCACAAGCAUUACCAUCAGCAGUUCGAAUACAGAGAUGGGCAGAUUAUAAGCCAUGCUGCUCCUCAGCUAGUCUUGGGGGUUCAAGGUCCCAAUCUCCGGUCAGGCAUGGAGGUGGUUUUGGUGGAGAAGAAAUCUGAUGGUAGUCAUCAGCGCUGGAUAUACCAGGAAGAGAGCAGGACCUUUCACCUGGUGAGUAACCCUGACCUUGUGCUGGCAGUGUCUAUGACCAAGACUAGAAAUGAAGUUUGUGGCUAUCCAGUUAUUGUUCAGAAAUAUAAGCCAUACAACAAUGGAGCUGCCAAUCAAAAGUGGCAUUACAUGAAAAAUAUAAAAGCACUUGUGGCCUUUCAUAGCACUGCCUUGGAUAAGGAAAUUACAUCAGCAAAUUACGCUGGUGUCUGUACAUCAUCUGUGAUUAAAGAAGAAAACAUUGAUCAACCAGGAUACUGUUAUCUCUCACCUGAUGGAAAGAGAAAAACUAUGCUCUGCUUGGCUUGUGGACAAUCCAUGAGAACAGAGAAAGGACUGAAACAAUUGCUUCCAGGGGUUCCAUUCCUCUGUAUUUCAGGCACCAAGACCCAAAAGCCCUUCUUACGAGGGCCCUUCAAGGUCAUCAGUGUGGCUGAGGUUGAUUUGUCAUGUGACAAGGCUGAAAAAACUCUAAGUUAUUACCAAGCACAUCUAUUGUCUUUACGGAUGAAGACCUGCACGCGAGCUGCAUCUCACAGUGGCAUGGCAGCCACACACCAGAAGGCAGUGAAAAUAAUUGCAUACAAAAAUGGGGAUGGAUAUCGUAAUGGGAAGUUAAUUGUGGCUGGAACAUUCCCCAUGCUUCUUACAGAAUGCACGGAACAACUUGGGCUUGCCAGAGCAGCCUCCAAAGUAUAUACCAAAGAUGGAACCCCAAUCUUUACCUUGCGUGAUUUGGUUUUAUGGGCUCUAGAUGAAUCCUUUCUCCAGAGAGACUCUGAGAAACAAAAGCAAGAUGCAGCUCCUAUUGGAAAAGAACAGAUAAUUGUUGAAAGUAUGGAAGAAAAUCCAAGAAUGAAAGUGAAAAACAGAUUAUUUGCAAAAUCUGUGACAUCUGAUAGUUUGGAUGGUAUAGACAAGUCUUUGCUUACCGUCAUCCUCAGAAAUCCUAUUGCCAUCUGGGUAUCUUGUGGUGAACCAUUUCUACCUCCAAAUGCUUUGCAGAAAGCAGAAAAAUUAGAGAAACAGAACUGGCUAAAAAAGGACAGAAUUUUGGCUGAUCUAGAUACCAUGAGACACAAAAUGAGACAGUUAAAAGGGCGGCGAGUAGCGGCAUGUCAGCCAGCCACCAUGGUUCCUACCAAGAGCCCUGUGCAGCCCGUGGUGGUGGAAGGAGGCUGGACCCAACAGACUCAAGAGGAAAUUAAACUCAUGGAGUUUAUAAGACAUACAGAGGCACACCUUUCUGAAAUCCAAGAAAUGGAAUCCAAAAUAAAUUUUCCAAUUGCAACCAAACAUAUAGCAGUCAAGCCAAGCAACCUGUAUACGCAGCCCAACACAAAACGAGUGUGGAUUUAUCUAAAUGGAGGCAGACCUGAAGAUGGCACUUACGCCUGGGGCAAAACUAUUUCAGAGCUGCUGCAAGACUGCUCCUCUCGUCUCAAAAUGACCCACCCAGCUAGAGCACUGUACACUCCCAAUGGAGAGCCAAUUCAGUCCUGGGACGACAUAGAGCGAGAUAUGGUCAUCUGUGUGUCUAUGGGACAUGGUUUCAAAACCCCAAAAGAGUUAAAACAACUGAUGGAGAUCAGAGCAAAUUAUUCCAGAAUCCGAAGGCAGCAGGGCCCUCAAGCCACAGACAUUGUGGUGUCACCAUCCACAAAGCUGCUGUCUCUGGCACAUCUCCACAAUUAACUCCUAUCAGAGCCAUCGGAUUUUCUGCUGUAUUUUGCUGGAAAGAAAACUUUCUUUACCCACUUAUAAACAGAAGACUGUGACAAGAAGGCCAAUUAUUUCCAUCGCUGAAGACUCUAAAUUUGGCAAAUCUUCUAAAUAACAAUCCUGCCUAGUUUAUUAAAAAAAAAUUCGUCGCAAAAUUUAUCCUUCAAAAAUCUGCAUUUUAAACAAAAGACUGUGACAAGAAGGCCAAUUAUUUCCAUCGCUGAAGACUCUAAAUUUGGCAAAUCUUCUAAAUAACAGUCCUGCGUAGUUUAUUAAAAAAAAAUUUGUCGUAAAAUUUAUCCUUCAAAAAUCUGCAUUUUAAAUAAACCCUGACAGUGAUUUCUCAAGACUGUAAAGAUAUUAGUCUGAGAAUGCCACUCUAACAGACUGCUCUGGGCAUCUUUUCUCUUUGCCUUGGCCAGGCCUCUCAGAAUUGAGUUAGCGUGUGACUCCAUUUGCACAGCGGGACAGACGAGUACAGCUGAAAUAAAAAGUGGAGGCCUCUGCAAAAAAAAAAAAAAAAAUUUAUCCUUCAAAAUAACUGUGUUUUCAAUGGGCCUAUUUUGAAGAAUGAACAUUGAUAAAUGAGACAAUCUAUCCAUAAAUUCAUAGUAUGACAUACCAUAAUCGAGAGCAUUGUUAGCCAUAGACAUUUUGUAUGCCAGUGAAAUCUGUAUACAUUCUCUAGAUUUUUUCCAGUUUAUCAUGUGGCUUAUUGGAAAAAAAAUGCAUAUAUAUUGAAUGCAUGUUUUGUCUCCCCAACUAAAUGAUAAGUGCCUAGAGGGCAGGAAGACCCUUGGUUUUAUUUACUUGUGACAGAGCUCUACCCACAAGGGCUCACUGAUAAAACUCAUCAGUCCCACCCCACAGCAACAUGAUGGGGAUAUGAGGUUCAGUUCUUCUACUCUUGGCCUGAGCCGCAAACCAAAAUUACAACAGUACAAUGGGAAUAGAGGAUCUGCUUUAUAGAAUUUCCUUUCAGUCGGCUGCUCAGAAACUACAAUCCUCAGAGUGAAAUUAAAUGGAGUUAUACUGGGAUAGUCCUCUCUGCUUUUCAGAGGCAAGAAACACUUCUCGAAAUUGUGCAAAUGAAAGAAAUGUCAUAGUAUAAACUAGACAUCUUAUAUCCUUAAAAUACAUCUUUGAUGAUUAUACAUUUUGGUUUCAAAUCCCAAGUUUGAAGAAACAUCCAAAAAUUAUGUGAAAUUACUUAUAAAUGAAUUGACAACAUUUGAGACUUCGACAGACAAUCAUGAAGCAGUUCUCAAGUUGAUUUGGUGUACAUAUCUCUUUAAGAAUCUUUUGGAAAGCCAUAAUCUUACAAAAUACACAUAUGCAAUUUUUUUUUUUUUUUUGAGACGGAGUCACUCUGUUGCCCAGUCUGGAGUUCAGUGGCGCGAUCUCGGCUCACUGCAAGCUCCCCGUCCUGGGUUCAAGCAAUUCUCCUGUCUCAGCCUCCUGAGUA